CUGUAUGUUGUAAUGUUUGUGUAAGAGAGUGAGAGAUAAGAUUAGUGUUGUUGGGUUAUGUUUGUCAUAGCUGAGAGUUUGGAAAUAUUAAACAUAAUAAGUAGGCAUAAGCCUCGGUUGUCAGUAAUUUUAAGCUAGGAGUAGGCUGACACAUCGUUUUCAGGACUUGGGACUGUACAUAUCAAAAUGGAAGGUAGACUACAGCCAUGUCUCCACUUGCCUUUGUCUCAAGAACUGCUGACUGAUAUUGUAGACAAAGCCAAAGACUGGGCCUUAAUGCAUGGUGCAUGUAUGAGAUCCAAGACUAAUUUCUCAACUGACUCUCUCAAUUUUGCACCGUUUACACUUCUGCCUUCAGCAUUUCCUAGGAAAGAGUUUGAAAGAGCUGUUGCACUUCAACCCAUAGUCAACGAGCUGAUGCACAAAGUUGCUCAUGAUCAUGAAUUUCUUGAAGAGAGCUUGAGAAACACAAUCAAAGUUGAUGAAUUCACAGGACGUUUGUACAAACUCUAUGAGACAAUUCGGAAAGAAGGAUAUGGUCAGCGUCUCAGUCUCGGACUGGUCCGCACUGACCUCAUGCUGGAAACUGUGUGCGACUGCAAGCCCCUCAACUGCCAGACUCUCUGCUGCACGCCCACCCAGCCGUACUGCUGCUGGAAACAGGUGGAAUUUAAUACCAUAGCCUCCGGGUUCGGUUGGCUGGGUCCCGCCUCGGGUCUCAUCCACAGGUACGUGCUACAAGAACUUGGCCAUCCCGAAAUGUUGAAAAAUCUACCGGAGAACACAGCCUUGCAAGGACUUUGUAAUGGAAUGCUGGAAGCCUGGAAAAUAUUUGGGAAGAAAAAUGCAAUUAUAUUGUUUGUCAUAGAAAAUGUGACUUACAACAUUUGUGAUCAACGCUUUCAUGAGUAUGAAAUAAGAAAACUAAAUCCUGAAGUUAGAGUUAUCAGACGAAAUCUGACUGAGAUUGGGAAUUCUGCCAAACUGGGUGCCAACAAGGAACUCAUCAUUGACGGAGACACUGUGGCUGUGGUGUACUAUAGGGCAGGCUAUGAACCAGGACACUAUAUGUCAGAGAGGGAGUGGGAUGCCAGGUUACUCAUUGAGAGAUCCACUGCAAUCAAAUGUCCCAGCAUCCACUACCAUCUGGCUGGCACCAAAAAGGUACAACAAGCUCUGGCUAAACCGGGGAGCUUGGAGAGAUUCUUGAGUGACAGUAAAAAGAUAGAUGCUGUCAGACUCAUAUUCACAGGCCUAUACUCCUUGGACCAAGACGAAUCAGGAGAUGCAGGUGUGGAGAAGGCAUUGCUGUCUCCUGAGAAAUAUGUGUUGAAGCCACAGCGGGAAGGUGGUGGCAACAACGUGUAUGGAGAAGAGAUUCGGGCAGCCAUGAUGACCAUGAAAGACAGUGAGGAGCGCUCUGCCUGGAUACUAAUGGACCGAAUACAGCCACCAGUGCAGGCUAACUAUAUUGUACGUCCUGGCCAACCGGUUUCAACCCCACAGGAUAUUGUGUGCGAGCUGGGCAUCUUUGGAGUUGUCAUCGGGGACGACAAGACCUUACAGAUUAUCAAAUAUGUAGGUCUAAUGGUUAGCUCCAAAAUGUGGGAGGAGUAACUGCUGGUGUUUGUGUCUUGGACGGCUUUUAUUUCAAAGUAUAGAAUAUUGCCCAUUAGUAAAGUAGCCUUUAUUUCUGUCCAGGGACGACAAGACCUUACAGAUGAUCAAAUAUGUAGGUCUAAUGGUUAGCUCCAAAAUGUGGGAGGAGUAACUGCUGGUGUUUGUGUUUUGGACGGCCUUUAUUUCAGAGUAUAGAAUAUUGCCCAUUAGUAAAUUAGCCUCUAUUUCUGUCCAGGGACGACAAGACCUUAUAGAUGAACAAAUAUGUAGGCCUUAUGCUAAGCUCCAAAAUGUGGGAGGAGUAACUGCUGGUGUUUGUGUCUUGGACGGCCUUUAUUUCACAGUA